AUGUUGCGUGUAGGACAUGAAGAUAUCAACGUUGUGGACCCCGAUAACGCCCUGCUGAACGGCCGCGUUGUGGGCUUGGCGGACAACGGGCUGUACAUCGAUUUGCUGUCUGCCAACCGCCGCCGUGAUUUCGUGCCCUUCGACCGCGUUAUCCUAACGGAUCCAUUCAGAACACUGGAUGCUCCCUAUCACAAAUGGCCGGAGGGUGCGUGCAAGACCGUUCCGGUGGAAGUUCUGCGCCACGACGAUCGCAGCGGUGUGUGGCGCUGGUGGCCCGCGGAAAUGCUGAACUCGCACCCUAAACCAGCAUUGGGCGUCGUCCAGGGACGGGACGACAACGGCGCCACCUGGACGGACAUUUUUCCGUUGCGCCGCGUGCGCUCGCCGGUGCUGAACGGCUGGGGACAAAGUUGCCAACUACCGGAGGCGGCGAACACGACGGCGCUGCCUCGGUGCCUUCAACCGGGCGAUCUGGAGAUGGAUCGUGUGCCGCUACCGGCCGGGUGUCUUGCGGCGUCCACAGCUCAGCUGUGGCAGGCGGUGGAGGAGCUGCGUUGGACGAACGAGCGGGCCGUCGGCAUGGACAUCGCGGAUGGAGAGCUGCAGUGUGUUGUGCACCGCGUCACGGUGGACUAUGCUGAAUAUGAGCAGUACUUCCUAGGCUGCAUUCCCUACCAGUACUAUAAGGACCACCGCUAUCGGAAAGAGCAUAAAUCGUUGGAGACGGCCCUGAGUCCGCUGCUCCGUCGUCUCACGAGGAUUCUGCGUCGACCGUCGCCGCAUGUGGAACGGGAGACCCCGGAUGCUUGGCGUGCCGUGACGGCGGACAGUUGGCAGCAGGUCUUCGCCUGUCUCGACACGCUGACACAGAAUAAGCUGCGCGCGGUGUGCUCAGCGUGGAACGCCAUCCUGGAUGCCCCGGUUUUAACGGCCAACAUCGUCAUCCAGACGAGCACGGCCACUCGGGAACCGCUCAUGCCUAUCUGCUAUUACCAUUUGGUGGCCCCCCUCUUUAAAUGCCUGCGAACCUCCACCCAGCGUCUCAUCCUCUACAACCUCAACGGACGUGAUUUCUCCACCGUGGUGGACAUGCUGCACAACACGGCGCAGACCCAUCCCGGAAUCCAUCUCCUGUCGCUGUAUGUCGUCGGUGGCACGGACUUCCUCCCGGCACUGGGCCGUCUCGAUUUCCUGCCCAACAUGUUUUCCAAUGGGGACCGCUGCACGGUACACGAUUUGGACUACCAGGGACGUCCAUAUCGUGCAGCCAUGCAGGACUUUAUCAGCGUACUACAGAGUGUACCCUGUGCAACGCUGCAUCUGGCGGGGUGCAAGGUGGGCUUGUGGUACAGCGUGUAUCUCGCGGCUCCGAAUGUCACGCACCAGAACUUCCCGCUGCCAGUGACCCGUCUGUUGCUGGGCGGGGACCGGGCGUCCGUCCUGUGGGAGGCGAUGGAGAAAGCGCUGCCGGUGCCUAGCGAGGACGAGCUGCGGGCCUUGGCCGAAUGGUUGGCGGGGAUCCCUGAAGGGAAGAUGAGGAAGUUUUAUCAUGGGGCUGUGUGCAGAGCAUUGUGCGCUACCCAGUCGAUGGAUCCGCGUCCCUCCGCGCACUACCACGGAAAGCGCUGGUGCCUGGACGGGCUGCAGGAGCUGCGCUUGGACCAGCUGUCGCGUACCGCCCUGCGCUUCCUCCUCAUUCUGCCGGAAUUUUUGCGUCGAAUUAGCGACAAACUCUCACUGGAGUACCGGAAGCAACUGUGAGCUGACGGCUUUGUGCCUCGUCCCACUGCAUUUCCGUCUUCCCUGGUGGAGC